GCCUAUCACCAGCACAUGUUUCCGGUUUGCCAUAAACACACUAUUUAGUGAAUAUUUUGGAGAAUUGGAGAUUGAGUUGUCCAUGAAUGAUUAGUAUUGAUUAGUAAACUGAACAAUUUCAGGCUACUAACAAAAUGGCAAGCAUUCAACUCAAUAAGGCGAAGGUAAAGUACAUAUCCAAGGAAAAAUAUGUUACUUUUUAUUUAACUAAAACUAAAAGUGCAUGAAUCAUUAAUAAUUAAUAAUGAUGGAAUUACUGCCUUUUCAUUAGUUACUUAGUAAACUUAGUUGCUAAACAAAUAUUACCAAAAAAUUAUCUGUGUGUCACUGUCUACGAAUAGCACUGAUUCACUGACCGUGACUAGCACUGAUUCACUGACCGUGACUGAUUAUAAUAAUUAUUUUAUCAAUAUGGUGGCUACUACUCAUACUACUACUACUACCACAUUCUACUCAGACUCUACUGUGAAACUUUUAGUUUACUUUCUUUAGACUUUAGGCCACAGGUGUGAGUGUGAGCUAAAUUUUUAGAUGCAAUUCAAAAGUGCAGUUCAAGUCUUAAGGAAUCACAUUUCGUAUUUUCUCAUAUAAACUUAUGUGUAUUCUUUAUUAAUUAAAUACAGUAGUACUGGCAGUAAUAGUUAACUAAUACCGAAUUAUUUCAAUUAUACAGACAGCACUUUUUUCUUUUUAUUUGAUUUCUUAAGCUUCUUUAAACAUCCCCCAACCAAAGUUACAUAGUAUAGGCACUUAUCAUUUAUUUUUAGUUUUUUUUUUCACCCUCUGGCCAGAUUUAUAAGUUAGUAUGCUAAACGAAAUUUAUAAAAUGGAGGCAUAUUUACAAAAAAGAAUGAAAUACUGGAAAAAAAAAAAAAAAGAAAGAAAUAAUGGAAAAAAAAAAAAAAAGAAGGGUGAGGGGUGUGAACUAAGAUGUUCCGUUUUGGGAAAGGGGCCAAAUUUUCCUUUUUUUUCUUAUAUGAGAUGUAUAAUUAUAAUUCCAAACAAAGCAUCCUGCAUGAUGGGUGAAUAGAUCUAGAUCAAACUUAGUAGACAUACACUUGAUUAUCCAUAUUCAAAUAACAGUACUGAAGGGUUAUGAACUCAUAAUUUUAAUUUUUCCUAAAACUAGACAAUAUGCACUGCGUCACUCAUGAUGACGUUCAGAAAUGAACAUUUUUUCUUUAGCCCUUUAGCUAACAUCUAAAUUAAUGGGCCUGUAAAAACACAUGAAUAAUGUUUUUUAAAAACAUUUUCUCCCCUAAAAAACAUUCAUAAAAUACGAUUUGAAAGGUAUCCUGAUUCUCAGUGGGAUCCCUUCCCAGUUGACAACUGAGUUGUGAUUCCAUUUCCUAGUAUGGGAUCCCGAUCUCCGUGAGAUCCUGAAUAAAUAGGAUCCCGUUUCCCAAAAGGGGAAAUGGGAUCCCGUUCCUGGUGGAACUCCAACCCCAUUGGGAUCCCAACCCAAGGGGAUCCCUAUCUCGAUGGGAUCCAAUUUCCUGGUAGGAACCCGAACCCGUUUGUCAAACCGUUGAACCUGUUGUGUUCUAAUUAUCUGGCCAAGCCUCUCACUUGAUCCCACAACAGUAUAGCUAAUAUCAACAGUUACUAAUGCAACCAACGUUAAUAGGUUUGUAGCUAGAUAUGAGUUUAUUUAACACUACUCCAUUAACUAUGGUUGAUGUAUAAUUUCAGAAUUGAUAAUCAAAUCACUCCAACCAAACACUACUCAAUACACAAAUCCAAACAGUUCAUCCAGUAUAUCCGCCAUCAAUCCUUCCAAACAACGAAAACUAACGCGUCAUUUCCCUUUACACAAAUACGUCACAACACUUUCACACAAUAGAUACAGCUACACAUUAAGUCUCUAACUAUACAUCUUUUCCCUAUCAAACAUGACAACAGUGAUCUACACAUAACAACAGUGAUUCUCAUACCCAUGACAGGUUGAGAUCCUGUUCUUGGUAGGAUUUAUAUUCCCAUUAGGAUUCCGGUACCCGGUGGUGUCCUGUUCUCCAGUGGGAUCCCAUUCCUUGGUGGAUCCCAUUCCUUGGUGGAUCCCAUUCCUUGGUGGAUCCCAUUCCUUGGAGGGAUCUUGUUCUCUGUGUCAUCCCAUUCAGGUUGGGACCUAUUUUCUGUUGUGAUACUUCACUAGAUUGGAUCCUAUUUUUCAGUUGGAUCCCGUUCCCCAUUAGGAUCUUGUUCCUCAGUGAGAUCAGGAAGGAUUUUGGCUAACAUCCACCAAUUAACGAAGUUGUACAUACCGUAAUCUAGCCUUCAACUUCAUUUAUGUAUAAAUCUUAGGCUAUAAUAAUUGACAAUAAAUUUGGAACUUUUUGGUGUAGGCCCAUUUCAUUAUUGACUGUGCCAUAGCUUGGGUUGUGAGGGUGGGUUGUAAGCUUGGCUAAGUGGUGGCAUUAAAACUAUUUAAUGCGAUUAAGUAUUAACUAAUGGUGUAACCUUAGACCUUCCCACCUGGCUGCACACACUCACAUAAAUAGUUUUACCCAGGGCCGGCUCAGGGCGGGUUGGAUGCCUGAUCAUCACACAGGCGCCAAGGCCCCCAAACCAUUAAAAUAAAAGUUUUCUGAACUCUUCCCACAAUUUUCCAGAGGGCGACUAUUGCCUAUUUUCACCCAACCUAAAAAUGUCUAGCGCCAGCCCUGGUUGUAUCAAUGUAAAUUUAUAAAACACCUGGUUGUAUCAAUGUAAAUUUAUAAAACAACUAGCGAGAACCGGCAUGUGUUGCAAUGCCACUCAAAGAAAAAAAGUGUUUGUGUUUUAAUUACGUUUUAAUUAGAAAAUUUAACAAAAUUCCGUCUGGUUCAUACACAAAUGUUAUAGGUUUUCCAACGCGUGAGCACGCAACAUACAACUGUCCACAUGAGAAGCGUGGAUUUUCAAAAUUCAAAAACUUUCAAAAACUUAUACCGAUGCAGUAGCUCUGUUUGAAAUUAUUUUUAUAUAGCUCACAUAAAAAAAAAUAUAAAAUAAGGCCCCUGGCCCCAAACGCAAAAUUGUAAAAUGGUUGUACUAAUUCAGAAACUUACUUAUUCAGACACAAACUGAAAUGUCGCUUGUACUUCAUUCAAUUCAAUCCACCCAUGCAAUAGCUCUGUUUGAAAUAAUAUUUGUAUAAAUCAUGUAAGAAAAUAUAAUUUAGGGCCCCCGGCCCCAAAAUGAAUAUUUCAAAAUGGAUAACCUAAUUUAGAAACCUUUGCGGGUGGGAGCACAACAACUUACCAAAGAUUUAUUGCAAUCGGAUGAAUGGUAUAGGAACACAAACGGAAACUAUAUUAAACUCAUAAAAGGGGGAAGAAAAGAAUUAAGGGCCCAAAACGAAAUAUUGUAAAAUGUUUGUAAAAAUUCAGAAAUAUUUUCAGGCGUAUGGACAACUCACAAAAGUUUUAUCGCUAUCCGAUGUAUGGUAUAGGAGUGCAUACGGGACAUACAUACAUACAUUAAUUUUUAUACAUUAUGUAUAGAUAUAGUUUGUCGAAUAAAAGAUAACCUUGUGCUCAACUAUUCAAGGAAGCGCUAUGUCAUUCUGUUUAUCCAUCCAUCCAUCUAUCUAAUCUAUUGGUCUGUCUCUCUAUCUAUUUAUCAUCUAUUUAUCUAUCUAUCUAAGAAAAUCUUAAUUAAUCUCUAAUUUGAAAAUUAAAUUUUCACUUGUAUAAAAUGAUAGGGUUUUGAUAUGAGUAUAAUUAUGUAAAUUUACUUAGGUUUUGUUAACAUCCUUGAUUUUCUUAGGUGGUAAAACGAGAAUAUAGCAUCUUUUUUUCAGACCUGUAUUAUGAUUGGAUUUAAAGAUAUUGUCAUCCAAGUAAAAAUGUUCACACCCUAUUUCCUGCUCCCUAUAUAUAUGUAACUAAGAAGAUUAAUUAUUUAUCAAUUACAUUCUGAGGUGUAUCUUGUGCUGCCUUGGGCAAAUAAAAGUAUCUAUUACGCCCCCCCAAACCAAAGAUUUAAAAAAAAAAUUAAUAAAAUCAUCCACUGGAUUGAAACCCCCUUUACUUCCCAAAAACAAAUUUUUUCAUUUCAUAUGCUUUGUUCUGAUUUGGAUGAGUGAUAAGUGCAUUAGUGAAGGCUAUUUGGCUAUGAAAUUUUGCUGCACUGAUUGAAUUAAACAGCGUUUCUUUUUAAAGUAUAUUUAAAGGUUACAUUUGUACUACUUUAUAAAUUUCAUAAAAGUAUAUUUUUGGAAUGAAUAAAAAGUAAAAACUUAUUAAAUGUUAAAAAUACAAAGCUUAAGAAGUAUUUAAUUUUAGCAAAUUUUAGCAAUUUAAAAAGCAAUCAAUUAUAUUUAUUCAUUUUACUUCUAAGAAGGGGAAAAUACAUUAUCAGUUUUGUUAAGCAGAGUUAUUAAAUCAAAGAAACUAAGAGCUAUGGCUAAAAUAGAAGAUUCACACGAUGAAGUCAUUUGUGUAUUUAUUAAAAUCAAAUAAAUUUUAUUUUAUUUGCAAUAUUAAAAAGGCACUAAAAAUAUCAGAUGUUUGGGUUUUCCCAACAAAUGUGAUUACGAUGCAAUUCUGAGAUCAUAAUUUUUUUAUCAAUAUUUUUUUUUCAAAACUUUUACAUUCAGAUACAAUGUUUAAAAUAGUUCCAUAGUUAUUACUUAAAAUGUAUUUGUAAUUUAUAAUAAUAAUGCUUAAACUUUUGCUAAAAUAAAAGCGGAUAUAUAAUAAUUUUAGCGCAUUUAAAUUGAUUCGAUUUCCGUAAAAUAAUAGAAAAUAACUAUAAUAGUUUUUAAGAAUAUGAACAUAUCCAAAUAUUUUCGGUUCUUAAGCAUUACGGUCAGCAUAACUCAUUCUUAUAUAUAUUACUCAAUGAUUGCUAUUCAAAACCACAACACGUUUACAAUGUCAUAUCCGAUUCUAAAAUACGUCACAAACUUCAAGCUUAUUUAUAAAAACAACACAAAUACUCUACACUAAACAUGCAAAAACAUGUUUUCUCUGCUCUCACUACAAAUUUGCUGUCUGUUGGCAUUUGUUAAGGGCGGUUGUGAACAAUCGAAUUUUGUUGUGUUGAUAGCUCUGUUUGAAAUUAUAUUGAUGAAGCUCAUUUAAGAAAACAAAACAAAUGUAAAGGCCCCCAGCCCAAACGAAAUAUUGUAAAAUGGUUGCAUUGAUUCAGAAACAUAAUUAUUAUGCAACAAAGAAACUGAAAUGUUGUUAUUUGUAUUUUAUUCAAUUCCAUCCAACCAUGCAAUAGCUCUGUUUGAAAUUAUAUUUUUAUAGUUCAAAUAAGAAUAAAAUGGAUUUUAGGGCCCCCGGCCCCAAACGGAAUAUUGUAAAAUGGUUGUACUAAAGAAAAAAAAAUUGUGGGCGGAUUCAAUUCAAUCCACCCAUGCAAUAGCUCUGUUUGAAAUUAUAUUUUUAUAGUUCAAAUAAGAAAAAAAUAGAAUUUAGGGCUCAUGGCCCCAAACGUAAUAUUUUUAAAUGGUUUUACUAAAAUAGAAACCUUUGUGGGCCUGCGCACAACUUGCCAUCUUCUUAUUAUAGUCGGAUGAACAGUAAAGGGACGCAAAUGGAAAUUAUAUUUUUAUAGCACCAAUAUAGUAAAUAAAAAAGAAUUUAGGGCGCCCCGCCCAAAAACCGGAUAUUGAACAAUGGUGGUACUAAUUCAGAAACUACUUACUUAGUAACUUACAAACUGAAAUGUCGUCCUUUGUAUUGAUUAAAUUCAAUCCACCUAUGCAAUAGCUCUGUUUGAAAUUAUAGUUAUAUAGCUCUUAUAAGAAAAAACGAAAUUAGGGCCAAUGGCCCUAAACGGAAUAUUGUAUAUUGAUCGUUCUAAUUUAGAAACCUUUGCGGGAGUGCACAUUUCAAUUAUCAAAGUUUUAUAGCAAUCGAAUGAAUGGUAUAAGAAUGCAUACGAUAAUUAUAUUUAUAUUUAUUUAGAUAAUAUAAGGGGAUAAAACAAAUUUAGGGCCCCCGGCCACAAAUGGAAUAUUGUAGAAUUGUGGUAUUACUUCAGAAACCUACUUAUUAUGUCACUCAAAAAAGUUAAUGUCGCUAUUUAUAUUUCAUUAAAAUUCUAUCCAUCUAUGCAUUAGCUCUGUUUGAAAUUAUAUUUAUAUAGCUCAUAUAAGAAAAAACGAAUUUAGGCACCCUGACUCAAAAUGGAAUGUUUCCAAAUGGUUGUUAUAAUUCAAAAACCUUUGUGGGUGUGCACGCAACAACUCGCAAACGUUUUAUGGCAUUCUGAUAAAUGAUUAAGGAGCGUUUACGGAAAUGAUAUUUUACAAAGCUCAUAUAAGGAAAAAAAACGAAAUAUUGUAAAAGGUAUGUAAUGACUCAGAAAAAUGUGCAGGUUUGUGGACAACAACUCUGUAAAUCUUUAUUGCAAUCGCAUGAAUGGUGUAGGACCGCAUACAGUUUGAAAUUAUAUUUAUAUAGCUUAUAUAAGAAAAAACUAACAUAGGACCCCCUGGCUCAAAACGGAAUAUUUUAAAAUGGUUGUAAUAAUUCAAAAACCUUUGCGGGCGUGUGCACAACAUCUCACUAAAUUAUUAUCGCAUUCUGAUAAAUGGUAUAGGAGCGCAUACGGAAUUUUUUUUGUACAACGUUCAUAUAAAAAAGAAAACGAAUUAAGGUCCGUUUACGGCCCAAAACAGAAUAUUUUAAACAGUUAUAAUGACUCAGAAAAAUGCGUGGACUAAUGGAUAACAACUCACCAAAGUUUUAUUGUAAUAGCAUGAAUGGUGUAGGAGCGCAUACGGGACAUACAUACAGACAUUCAUUUUUAUAUAUAUAGAUGUUGGAUAAUGAUAAACCUCUCUUCUAAUGGAUUUCUAACAUGUUUUACGACACUGAUUAUCAGCGUUACGCACGCUCCCACCAUCCUUUUUUCUCUCAGAGUGCUCGAUAUAUAUAGAUAGUCACUUUGAAGCCUUGGUUGAGUUGGGGGGGGGCGGGGGGCGGUUGAUUUUAUUUGACAAUUUGGGGCUAGUUAGGUGAUAGGAAUAUAAAAGCUUUUGACUUUGACUCCCCCAAAAAAUAAAUAAUAACCAUUUGCUUUUUUUUUUUAAAGAUCUCAAAAGCUGUAGAAGUCUUGCAAGAAGUUGUAAAGAGUGCAGAAAAAAAAGAUUCUCUUCUUGAGGAACUAGAUAUCUUUCAAAUGCAAGUCUGUCUUAAAAAAAUUCCCCAUAAAGAAAAAUCAAUCAAACUGUAAGUUGUUCAACUUAUCUUAUUAAUUUGGUAAAAUUAGUCUUAAAUAGAAAGUUUGUUAUUUUGAAAUAUUGUUAUUACUCCUUGUUGCCUUAUUCAAACUACCAGUACCGGUAGUAUAUCUUGAUUACUUAAAAUCUUUCAAAAAAUUCUAAUUGUUGAUGUUGCUGAAAGUGGAGCUGUUAUGAAUAGAUUAAUUGUAUUUGACUUAUACUUAUAUAUUAUAUUAAAAGGAUUUUACCACAUGCCUUACAACGUCCUGACUUGGAUGUUUGCCUUUUUGUCAAAGACUUGAAUAGAGAAGAGAGGGAUUAUGAGUCAACUGUUAGACAUUUUCAGGAUUUACUAAAAAAAAAUGGUGUAAAUGCUGUCACUGAUGUAAGUACUUGAAAUCUUAUUUUUUGUAUAAAAUGAAACAAUUGCAUAAUGGGUAAAUGUAUUUCAUUAAAUAAAUUAUAUUUUGUAAAUAUACAUAUUUAAAUAAAUAAAACAAUAUGUAUUAUUUAUGACACCAAUAAUAUAAAUAAAUUUAUUGUCAAUGAAAUGUUGAGUUUUCAUUUGAGUUUAUUUAUUAAAAAUAUAUCCCUCAUCUUUUUCAGAUUAUUCCCCUUAAAUCAUUGAAGACAGAAUACAAACCUUAUGAAGCAAAGAGGAAUUUAUCCAAUGCAUACGAUAUAUUUCUUGCAGAUGCUAGGAUUAUCAGACUUUUGCCUACUUACUUAGGGAAACAUUUCUAUGGGAAAAAAAAGUGUGUUUCAUUUUUGUUUACUAAAAAUUACAAUUAAAAAUUAUAUAUACAUGGCAUGUAUAUGUUUUAAAUUGUUAAAUCAAUUAUAUUUCAAAGUUGCAUUAGCUGAUUGUAAACGUUCUCCUAAAAUUAUAUUACCUAAGUAGUUAGUGAACUUUGGAAUUGAACUACAAUCCUUUCAUAAUUGUUUUUAAAUAUUUUGGACAGGACCCCGGUUCAGGUUAACUUGCAGAUAAAAAAUUUGUCAAAAGAGAUUGAUGAAGCCAUUGGUAGCAGCAGAUGUAUUAUAAGCUCCAAAGGAGCAUCAAGGUAUAGUAAAUUGCUGUUUUCUAAAAUUAGCCACCUAUGUGAUUUUUUAAUUCUGUAAAUUUGCUGACCAAUUUUUACAUUAAAUGCACAUGAAGUUAUUUUGGAGGUUAAAUAGUUGUUUGAUGGAGGUUAACUGUUAUUUAAUACAAGUUAUAGCUCGCCAAACAUUGGCGACAGCAGUGCAUGAACUUCCCAUCUACUAAAGUUGCUUGACAAAAGAUGAACUCAAGUAACGCACAUUUAAGAAUCCCAAAUUUAGCUACAUCCCCAUUCCCCCCCCUGAUAUGCUGCUGCACAUUUUUUAUUUCACGCCCAUGAACUAUAUCAAUAUUCUGAUGUCCCAACCACUUUUAAACCAAAUAUUUAUUGCACUAUAUUUAAAUUGAGAUGAUUUCAUUUUAGAAAAUAAAAUAUUACGCACUCAACGCUUUUGCAUUAUUUUAAAAAAAAAAAAUUUAACUUAGUUAUUGGGAAUUAUACUUUGCUCGCUAUCCGGAAAUGGGAGCUGUCACACCACAAGCAAAAUAUCUAUAAGAGAUCACAGAAAUAACUAUAUUUCAUGAUUGUACAUGAUUCUUAGUUUAUUAAUUUUAUCAAGGCCAAGACCUAUUUGUAUUGAUCAAAAAUUGAGUUUUUAAUUAAAUUACUUUAAAUAUUAGCACUACAGUUGUGGGUCAACUUCAGAUGGCACCUGCAGAUAUCACAGAAAAUAUUAUAGCAGCUGUAGAUCAAAUAGCUGCUGCUGUAGGAGGAGGUGCAAGUAACAUUAAACAGUUGAACUUAAAGUCUAGGACAUCUAUGAGUGUUCCCAUAUAUAUCAGUGACGGUAAGUAUAUUUAAAUAUACAAUCAGUAAAAUUUUAUUGUAGAAUUUUAGAUUUUAUGAAAUAACUCUUUCAAAUACUUUCUUUAUUAUUAUUUGGGUACCGGUACCACAAAGUGAUUUUUGUUCACACUGACACAUUCAUAGUUUGUUAAAACUUUAGGAAAAUGUUGAUUUUUAAAAUUAUGAACAAAUGUUAUAAGUAAAUUAUUUCACACAAUGUUGAAAAUGUUACAACUCUUUUUUAUCUCUUUCUUAAAGCUUGUAAUCAUUCAAAAUAAUAAGUAAAAGAAACAUCAAUAUGCCACUAUGUAUUCCAUAGAAUAUAUAAUUUGGAUAAAUAAUACAUCAAUUUCAGGUGGGCCACAAGAUAUUGCUAUUCCUAAAGAAAAGUCUAACAAGGGUGAUGUUGAGGCAGAAGAAAUUUCAACACUAUUUGGUGCAAAAGUCAAAGUCUAUCCUAAUGGGAAGAUUAUGGUCAUAAGGGAUGGAGAGGAGCAAAAGAAGGAAUCGGUUAAGCGGAAGCGUAUAUCCAAGGAAAGGGGUAACAAGAAAAGAAAGACUGUAACAUCCACGUACAAGCCUAAGGGCACUAAAAAGCCCAAGUCAAGAAAGAUGUUAAAAUCAUCUUGAUUCUGUAGACAUAAAUUCUUUUUCUUUGUAUGCCGUAAUUUUGCUGUCAGUUUUAAAAGAAAAUAAAUGUACAUUGUUAAUGGCUGUCUUUAAUAAGAAGUUCAUUGAUUUAUUCUGGGAGCCUUUGUAAUGAAUUGAGAAAGUAAUGAAAAUGUUCAAAUGAGAAAUGCAGCUCAACACCAAAAUGACAAUCUGUGGAGGCCCUAUGCAUGGUCACCAUGGUCAGUUCUUUCAUUGUUCGGCUUGGUAAUUGAGCAGUAAAGUACACAAGUAUUUUAAGUAUUUGCAAAAAAUGUCUGCAGUAGUGUAUUAGUCAAUGGUUUAAUGUACUCAUUUAGAUCCAGUUCAAGAUAACCCUAUGUAUUUAAAACAUCAGAGAGUAGAAACUGAUUAAAUCUUUUCAAAAUAUUGGUUAAGGAAGACUGCUCCAGAGAAUGAACAGGACAAUCAGUUUCAAAUGAUUGAUAGUUGCAUGUCUCCGGUCAUUCUCCUAAUGCUCAAGUUCAGUUUUCCAAAUUUGACAGGAGGCACUAAAAACUAAACUUUUGCAAAUUUGGUUAAAACUUCACGUGGCUCACAAUGAUGUAAAAUUAAAGUCCUUUAUAUCAAUAUUUAAAUGUAAUGAAAAAUACUGUGUUAGUUGUAUUUAACGGAGAAAAUGGACUUACUGUUAAGUUGAAAAUUUGAAAGUUAUAAACGGUUCAGAGCUUGGGCUGGGCUCUACGCACAUAAAUUCACUUUACAUGAUUAGAGUUAGAGCUUUCAUCAACGGAACAGCAGUGGCAUUAGGAUUUUACUUAUGUGUUUUGAUUACUAUUCCUAUGAAAAAAAAUUUCAUCAUAAACCAUGUUUUCAAACAGAAUUUAAGAUCAACUUGUUAUUGAAUGAGUUA